CUGCUGACUAAAUCCCCUCAUGUUGUGGUUUAGACUCAGAGGUCAUGUAGUCAAGAGUGCAUUCCGCUGUGCACAAAUGUCUCCCGCAAAUACUUGGCACACGACAAGCGUGCAAAGAAACCAAAAAGGACAUUUAAAAUUGUACUAAGCUACUUUGGCGUCCGCUGCUCCGCCUGCUUGGUGUUGGGAAACCGACAACGAACAUACCCAACUUUAUUUUAAGGUGCAAUGGCCAAGAUGAAUAGGUGAUGCCUUUGGUGAAGAGAACCAUAGAGCCUCAGCACUUGUGCCACACCACAGUGCCCAAUGGGAUUACCUGUGAGCUGGAAUGUGUGAACAACAACACGUUGUCCGCCAUCAUCCGCCAACUCAGUAGUCUGAGCAAACAUGCAGAAAAUGUCUUUGGGGAUCUUUUCAACGAAGCCAACACCUUUUACAUGCGCGCAAACUCUCUCCAGCACCGCAUCGACCGCUUGGCCAUCAAAGUCACCCAGCUCGACUCCGGUGUGGAAGAACUCUCUCUUCAGGCCAUAAACCUGAGGAAGGCGUUCAAAAGCUCUACCAUCCAGGACCAGCAGGUGUUGUCCAAAGGCAGCACUCCAGGCUCGGUGGCUGAGAUGUACGACAGCAGCGACCAGCCUCCUCUUCUCAGUGACCUCACGGCUUACAGAGAGGACUGCACUGAUGCCAUGAAGUUCUACUCAGACCCUUCUUACUUUUUUGACUUGUGGAAGGAGAAAAUGCUGCAGGACACAGAGGACAAGAGGAAAGAAAGGAGGAGGCAAAGGGAACAGAAGCGAUGCGUGGAAAGCAGCACCCUCCAGCGACAGGUGAAAAAGGUGAGGAAGGCUCGAAACCGCAGACAGGAGUGGAACAUGAUGGCGUUUGACAAAGAGCUCCGUCCAGAUCAUCGCCACCCACAGACUCUACGGCGAGGGGCGUCUUCUGAGGGCUCACUCUCCCCAGAGAGCAGGCCUGACCUUCCGGAGUACCCUGUCCCUCCUGUGGCAGUCCACAGUACUUCGAAACCACACGUGAAAGUGCAACUCUCCCCACCUGCGGAGCACGAGUACCACUGUAUUGACAUCAACUACAAGAGAACAAACACUAUAGAAGCUGCAGAGAAGAUGAACGGCUCCAUACGCUCAUCUGCAGAUUACAACGGCGCCAGCCCUCCAGCUGUGCCAGGCCCACAUCUCCCUUCUGCCCAGACAGCCUUCGCUUUCCCUCCAGUAGCAGCAGCUCACAAUGGAGCCGCCAUUCACGUCGGCCUUGGAUACCCACAUCCACCUGUUCCUCCUCAAGGGCCUCGCGUGCCUCCUCCUCCGGUUCCACCGCCUCCAUCUCAUCCACCCCCAGCUGCCCCUUCUCACCUUUCCGAACUUGUCCGAAACAAAUUAAAACCAGCGAAUGGCAGAAGUGAUCUGCUAUCUGCAAUCCGCAUGGGCAUCCAGCUGAAAAAAGUGCAAGAGAAGCAAGCGAUGCAGAGCAAGCGUGACCCCGUGGGGAAUGAUGUGGCCACCAUCUUGUCCCGGCGCAUUGCAGUGGAGUACAGUGAAUCUGAAGAUGACUCAGAGUUGGAUGACAAUGACUGGUCAGACUGACAGCUGUGCCACUAAGAAUCAUUCAAUGACAUGUGCAGUCUUGCUUCCUUGGAAGAAGAACUUGUUUGGCAGAGAAAUUUAUAAUGACAUACAUUUAACCAGCCAUUAUUUUGUGCAUGUUUUUCCGUUUUUAUCAGUUUAUCCGGGGAAUAUUUACAUGAACAUAUAAGUGAAGUUUCAGUCAGGGCAUAUCUUAACACUGAAAUUGAACACCAAUGCUUCAAUAAUGACCAGUAUACAAUGGAAGUGAACAAUACUAUUUGUGUAUACAAAUGUUCCUCCCAGUAUCAUAUACUAGAGUUCCAUUUCAGUUUUUGUGCAAGUAACUGAUUAUUGUUAUUCCUCAAAACUAUUGCAUUUUGAUAAUGUCCCUAUAUUUUUCCUCUCUCUUCUUAAAUUCAAAUACAGUAGUGUACUCAGUUUCAGAACAGUGAUUCCUGUACAGCUGAAGUGAUAACAAUGACCAAAAAUGCAGUAUUAAGUGUAAUUAUAAAUUAUAAUAAUGUCAAUAAAAAUAUAUGCUCUA